AUGGCGCCUCGUUUUGGUCAACCUUACGCUCUUUACUUGCGAGAUACAGUUGCUUUGCCGGCAAAGCUUCUACCCUCUAUUCCUACUUGCGCUCAAUCUUGCGUCUCCACAGCAGUCACCCAGGGGUUGGUGCCAUCUGAGUGCAACAACUCGAACGAUGCUGCAUGCCUCUGCUCGCACUACAGCACAUCUGGAUUCACGCUCGGAGAGUUUGUGCUCGGCUGCAUGAUCGAGCACUGUCCUGAAGAAACUGUGAACGCAUCUGGGCAUCAAGCGUAUAGCUUGUGCUCGACGUACAGCAAUGCAGCGGUACCCACACAUUCUGUGUUGACUAUGACAACAUCAUUCCAGCCGACAACAUCGGCAUCAUCGUCCCAAAUUACUCAACCAACAGCAAUACCUACCAGCAUCAUCACAUCCUCAACAUCAAUCUCAAACAGCAUUAUCGGUGUGCCCACAUCGAACUUGUCUCACUCAACCUCAACAUCACCGACUGGUCCUUCUGCAACAUCAAGUCAGUCAGCCAAGCCUUUGACCACUGGCCAGACCGUCGGUAUCUCUGUUGCCUCGGUUGCAAUCGCUGCUCUUAUCUUCGGGCUGUGUUUCUUCUGCUGUUGCUGCGUGAGACGUCGCAAGAAGGAAGAGAAGAAAAAGAAGUCUGGCACGCCAACAAGAAAGUGGUUCAAGUCAAGCCACCGUCUGGACUUCCAGGACCAAUCUUCUCCUACCGGAUCCAAGUUCCCUUUCAAGAACACCACCCGAUCAGCCACUUCAUCAGGUCCUCAAAGACCGCCAAGAUCUUUCCCAGCAAGUCCGAACCGAUCACCUCGCUCCUCGAUGAGCAGCUUCACCAAGUCGCCCGAGGCUAUCACACAGCGUCGUUUCAGACCCUCGCUCAGACCUCAGCUCGAGUGGUGGAAGCAGACCUCUCAACCCGAUAUUCGCCAGGUUCCUGAUGGCUUGAGGUCACACAGAGCCAGUAUUUCCUCACCUGAGCGCAGCGAGACAAGAUCUCUCAGACUUCCAACUCCCAUCACCAACAUCACGAUCAACGUGAAGAAGGCGAGCAAACAACUCAGACCCGACAGUGCCGCUACUCGAUGGACAGUGUUCGAAGAAGACAGCAAGAUACCCACACACAAACCGGUACUGCCGAACCCACCUGCAAUUCCCAAGGCAAUCUUCCUAUCACCAAUUCAUCCUCCUACAGGACCAAGCUUUGCGGAUCAGUACACCACUUCUCCAGAAGAGAUGGCAAAGUCGGGUCUGAUGCUCCAGAUCCCUCGCAAGCCUGUGAGAUAUGAUGAAGCUUCACUUCCAAACGGCAUCUCCUUGAACACAGGGGCCUCAAGAAAUGAGCAUCUGUCCAUGCCUCCCAGCAGCGCAGCAAGCUACCUUCCAGCUUACUACACCAGCUCCGAUAGCCGCACCCCCGUCGCACCAAAAUGGAGCCCUUACGACCACGAACGCUUUAGCCAACCCCACUUUGCCCCAUUGCCAUUGAUGCCACGCGUUGUACGCAGCUCCUGGGCCUCAGCAACAACCUUCGAAUCCGUCGAUCCCGAUGAAACAACACCGGAAAACGAAGUCGAUAAACAGCUUUCUCCGGUUUCGUAUCCUAAGGUCCCUCGUCCUUCUAACCAGGCCAUUCCUCGGUCUCCUCCUUUGACUACAUCGAGUCGUAAGGUCACUCUGGCAGCAAAGAGACGUGGUGAAGACCUAUCACUGGAUUUGGGUCGUGGUUCGCCAAUCACGAAUAUCAGAGAAAUGCCUGAAUCGCCGUUGAGAAACUACAGUCGCAGAAACCAGAAGAAGAAUGAUCAGACACCUCAGAUGGAAUUGAAGAGUCCGCUUUGGGAGCCUAAACUUACGCCCAGCAGAAGAGGGGACGAUUUGUUUCUUUCGGUGGAGGUGAAGGGACGUUGA